AUGCGCCUCCCCUACGUUGCAGACCCCCCACCCACCGAGACUCCCGACGAAGCUAGAAUCUUGGCCAGUGUCCAAGCCCGCCGAGCUCCAAACCCCCUCUUACCACUCGAUCUUGCACUCCUACAUUCCUUCCCAAUAACGGAUGGUUGGAAUUCAUUCCUUGGUGCCAUCCGCACCCGAACAAGUCUAUCAACGGUGGUACGAGAACUGGCCAUCUGCCGAGUUGCGGUAGUCAACGGUGCAUUGUUUGAAUGGGAGCAACAUUCGCCUUUGCUGCAACAAGGUGGCUUGGGUGAGGAUGCUUUGAAGCUGGUUGGGGAUAUCCAGGUGGAUUUCUCAGAGGAGAGUUCGUUAAGCACCUUGAGUGUGGAGGAAAGGGCAGUUUUGAGAUACACGGAUGCUAUGACAAGGACUGUCACUGUACCAGAUGUUGUCUUUGCUGAGUUAAAGGGAUGUUUUAAUGAUCAGGAGGUUGUGGAGAUUACGGCGACUGUUGCGGCUUAUAAUUGUGUCAGUCGGUUCUUGGUUGCGUUGGACGUUGGGGAGAAGAAUUGA